UGAAUUGAGGAAUGGAAACUGGAUUAUAUAGAUCGUACACCAUGGGAUUGUAUUGUAUGUAACCCGGAGCCGUAGGGUUCUUUCUUUCUUUCUUUCCGAUUGCAAUCAAUCAUCCCCUAUCUCACUCGUCAGAGAAGACACUCAACCCUUUCCGGAACUGCUGCAAUGGGAUCUGGAAGCAGCUAGCUCGCAAUUCCAUUCCAUUCCAGUGAUGACGUCCAUACAAAGUAAGAAGGACCGUGCCUUACCUACGUAUAUCGAUUGACCUGAUUGGAGAUGGCAUCAACAGGGACAGGCGUGUGGGUGGUGGCCCGGACCGCUGGAGAAAACACACAAGGAGGAUUAGCAAAACUUGGGCAUCCUAGCCACAGCCAUCCUCUGGCCUUUUGUUAUAAAUAUCCAGAUGGAGUGAGUUGCCAGGAAUGCGGUCAACCUUUACCCCCAGGAGGGCGUGCAUAUGGAUGUGAAGAUUGUGGUUAUUAUCUGCACUUCCCGUGCCUCCGGGAGGUACAUAGUCCCCUCCAUCCGCAACACCCUCUUAUCGUCAGAAUUGGACAGUGGGGACAUAGUGAUGGAUGCCAGAUCUGUGUAAAUGGAACGCUAGUGGGCCUGAUCACCUUCCAUUGCGAACCUUGCAACUUGCGCCUAUGCAUGGAUUGCGUCUCUUUAGCCCCCACCUGGAGAUUUGAACACGAGGGACACCAUUUUGUAUCGAUCGAGAUAGGAGUAAGGGAAGACUCUACUAUCUCUAGAUUUUAUCGUGGUCGUGGGAUUCGUGACUGCCCAGUCUGCGGCAAACGUAUCGAUAACAAGUUCUUCAAGUGCCUGUCUCCUGGUUGUCUCAACUUUUGCCAUUUCCAAUGCAUUCCAUUUGACGUGCCCAAGUCCAUCAAGCACUUGUAUCAUUAUCAUCCUCUUAGCUUCACCGAGCCUUACGCUGAAGAUGGCAGGGACGAACAUUACUGCGACGCCUGCGAAGAAGAGAGAGACCCAAAGGUUCCAGUGUAUCGCUGUGAAGACUGCAACUUUACUGCUCAUACUUCUUGCGCGAUAUCCCAAGUUCUGCCAACACUGAUUGCAGAGAGGGAGGCUAAUCCAUGGACGGUUUCUGUUCCUUUCUGCAUAGACCCAGUCGGGCCAGUCCCCGACGAGCUAAAUGUCAAGAUUGAAGGACUCCUCGCCCAAGAGAAAUCUUUAAUGAAGGAUUUGGAACGAAUUGAAGCAGAAAUAGAGGAAAUGGAGAAAGACUAUCGAAUUUAUGCAGAGGGAAGAACAGAGCAUGAUAUGUGACUUGUGAACUACUUCUUCAAGCCCUUGCCCUGGAGUGUGGAGAUUUCUGCUGCUUUCUUAUUCGCAUACAUACAUAUUUGUUUUUGUGAAAUCUCAUGUCUUUUGUUAUGUCAUGGAUGACUGCAAUUCGCAACUGCCUAGGACUGGGAGGGAACUCAAUUCUUGAGACUAGACGGGAUUCAUCUUCGUCCUUCCUUAGUUCAUGUUAAUUAAGCAGGUAAUAAUGGUUCCUUUCUUCUGCUAGGAAUUAUCCAUGCUUUUACUGUUAGUGAACACUCUAAACUCUGAUGUGCUUUCUAUAGAUCGAUUGAUAUCUGCUGUACCUAUGAACCAAUUCAUGCAUCGAUUAUGCAUA